GUUGUUAUUGUUAUUACAGGACAUAAGAUAAUUGAUUGAGGGUGUUUUAAUGUAGCCUGGUGCAGUGGCUGUUGUUUUUGUUUGAACUGUUCUGUGCCAACUGUGACCUCACAGUGAUUAGAAGGGUUUUUGUAAGCUCAUGAGAGAGGCAAGGAAAUCAGACAGGAAGAGCAACAGAACAAACCAACUUUUGGUAAUUUAUAUGUGACAGUAAACGCAAGAUACAUAGCAAGAUAACUUCUUUCUGCGUGGUGGUGACUGCAUGUGUCAGUGGAGGGGGAACUUUUUGAGCCACAGAAAAUUCAAGACCUCAAGGUAGAAUUGAAUGGGGUAAAGGCCACAAAGGACUACUAGAAACAACAAUGCUGAAGUUAAGAGGAUGAGCUCCAGAGACAUAAGGGCCUUCUGGAGAUUACACCUGAGCAACUGAGACAUGAGAGCUCCUUGGAGAUUCCAGCUGCAGGACUUUAACGGUUGGACCAUUGACAUGAAAUCCUCUUACAAAAUCAGCAGCUGGAGACACCCACCACUGAAAGUUGUGGAUUAAGUGUAGUCAAAGCCUACUUACAGUCUCUUUCAGUAAUAUGAUGUGUAUUCUGUUGGCAGCAUUGAUGCUAAACCCAGCUGCUGCAUCAGGGACAGUACUUAUCUGCUACACUUGAAACUCACAGCACCUCUUCCACUUCUAAACAAGUACGGAUGAUGAACUCAGUCUGCAGACAUGCAGGCUGAAUGUGAGUGAAAAUGAGUGUGAAUGAUGACCUCUCACAUAAUACGAAUUGUUCUCCAGCGUCCUCCCACAGUCCUAAGAUAUGGUGAGGUUAAAAAUCGAUUUUAAAUUGUUUGUAGGUGUGAAUUGUGUAGGUAUUGUUAUUACAGGACAUAAGAUAAUGUGACAGUGCUUGGUUGUCUGUCUCUAUGAGGCCCUGUGAUAGACUGGCAACCUGUCCAGGCUGAAUCCUGCCUUCACCUUCAAGUCAGCUGGGACAGGGUCCAGCCCCCCACGAACCUACAGCAGAUAAAGGGCUGUAUAGAUUGUUUAGAAGAUGUUUUAGGAAUUCUCUCUCUCUACAUAUAUUUUAUACUGGUAUUUUAGGACAGAAGCAAGGGUAAGUAUGGCAUCAUUUUCAUCAUCUAUCCAAGUAAAUGAGGGUCACUGUGGACUCCUCUGCAGUUGUCUACGUGAUCGUUGCAUAGAUGAGUUGGAAGUGGACUGGAUGAAAUGUGGCCAUUGUGUUCUACAGUGGAUCUUGGAUCCACUGAGGAGCCAAGGUCUACUGUGGGUGGAGCCUGACUGUGGGCGGAGCCUGUUGAAGUGGCAAUCAAGUAUGUGAUGACAUCAAGUAUGACAUCACAAUGAAAAAUCUAUGAUGUCAGAAUGAUGUCACAUUCAGAGUGUAUAAAUAGGCCAGAUCUCAGCUUCGCUUCAUUCCAAGUUUGCUGGACAUUUCUUCAGUGCUGUGCGGAAGCAGCAUUACAGUAGGAAUAUACAAUUUCAUCUCCACCACCACGAAACAUUGAGAAGAAAUCAAUCUACCAUGUCUGACCAGGCUCUCACUACUACCAGUCUCACUACUGAAGUGGCUCAAUUUCAGUCUAUGUAUGCCAAAAAACAGGCUGAGAUUGAACAGCUGAGGGAAAGAGUUUGUCAGCUCGAGGAUCAACUGGAAGAUGCUCAAGACCAAACUGAAAAAAAUCAGCUGUUGCAAAAAGUUGCUGAACUUGAGCACGUGAUCAAAACACUGAGGCUCCAGAACCAAAACCUUUUGGUUGAACUGGAGGAUCUGCGGGAGGAUAAGGACUCUCUGACUGAACAGAAAGACAGCAUCAGUGCUGAGUUAAAACAAGCAAAAUCUCAGAAGGACACAAAGAAAGCACUAAUUGAACAGCUGCAGGAAGAAAUUCAGGCUCUGGAAGAAAAUGAAAAAGUCCUCACUGAGAAGAACAAAACCCUCAGUGCUCAAGCGGCCCAGCUUGAAUAUCUGACAGAACAGAAACACAGACAGAUCUCAAGUCUGGAAGAAGAAAUAUCUCUCUUCAAGGUGCAACUGAAAGAGGUUCAGUAUGCACACAAAAGGCUGACCAAGGCGGAAUCACUGAUGGAGGCAGAGCUGGAAAAGCUCAGAAGAACAGUGCAUGACCUUCGUGAGAAGGAAGCCUUCCUGAGCGAGCAGAACAGUCGGCUUGCCGAGGAGUUGUCCGCAGUUGUGAGCCAGAGAGACAAUCAGAAGGGAGAAAAUCGACGUUUGAAGAUGGCUGUUGAAAAUCUUCAGCUCCAAGUGGCAGAAGCUAUGCAUGUCAUUCGGACUCAUGAAGAAACUAUAACACAGCUCAAAAAAAAAAUAUUGACUGGUGCAGAGAAUUUUACUCCUGCUCCAAUUAAGGCAGGAUUUUGGAAACGCUGUUGCCAAGGCCUUUUAAAAGUGGCCUGGCAGGUUGGCAGCACCUGUGUGGGCCUUCUGCUGGCAUCAGCAGUUGUCAGUUACGCCACUGAUUUAUGUAGCUGUGCCUCCGCAGAGCUCCAUUACGCUGACAUACCGCCAUUUUAAAUAUUUCAUAUAAUAAUAAUAAUAAUAUAUUAUUUCAUAUAUAAUAAUAAUAAUAAUAAUAAUAAUAAUAAUAUUUUUAGUAAUUAGCAAUAUAAUCAAUUCAUAUAUAAUAUAAAAAUAUUUUACACUAAAAUAAUAAAAUUAAAAAAAAAAAAAAAAAAAAAUCCCAAAUCUCUCCAUGGUGUGUAUUCCAACAAAAUCAAUAUUUGUACAUGUGGCUUGUGAGAAUUUAAGUUUGUCCAGCAUGUUUGAGGAAAUUCAUAAACAAUUUUUGCAGGACAGGAGGAUAAAGGCCAAUUUAUGGUUUUCGAGUCCGUGUCUCUGAAAGAAUGACAUAAAUUCUGUCCUUCACAAAGUUCUUGAGGGUCCUCAUGGAUCCUCCGUUCAUGCAGAAGCCUAAAGCUUGUGGUAAUCGUGCGCCUAUUGUAGUAUGAACACAACUGCGUGCACGUCUGCUUUCAGACUCUACAUUUGUCAUGUGGAAACCAUGAAUUGGCUUUAAUCAUAUUUAGCCAAAACUCUCCUCUGCUGUGAACUGAAUUUCCUCUCACUUCAUGUCAGAAUUCUCUCUCCUACUGUUUGUUUGUUUUAUUAAGCUCCCCUAUUAGCUUUUGCAAGGCAGCAGCUAUUCUUCCUGGGGUCUUCAUAAUUUCAUUUGUGACAACACCAAAAUGCAACAUGUACACAUAAUGCAUACAAAUCAGAAUUACAGAAUACAUAAACAAUACAUACAAGAAUACAGAUAUACAAUACAAAAGACAUACAUGUACACAACUCAUACUAAACCAAAAAGCAUACAACACACAAAAAAAAACUAUAAUUUGUGGGAUUAGAGGUGGUACAAACUCAAAGAAAAACCAUCAAAAUAAAAUGAAGGCGAUAUAAAUGGCAUAAAUAAAUGUUUUUUUUU